CGUUCACAGUGUUCACCGCCUGAGAGAUAUUAGAGGAGAAGAAACAGUCUGAAGGAAAAUGGUGGCAUCUACCCCUGAAGGAGCUGCCGUGACAGGAACCUCUGGUCUGGGCACUACAGCCAGGGAUGUCUCAACCUUCCUGGACUCUAAGUUUCGUUACCGCCUCUUCCCCGUCGUCUAUGGCAUCAUCUUCAUCCUCGGCCUCUUCGCCAACAUCUAUGUGCUGUUUGUUGUGCGCCGCCUCCGCGUAGCCAAGUCCAUGGGUGAAAUCCGCAUCUACAUGACCAACUUGACCAUUGCCGACCUUCUUUUCGUGGCCACCCUUCCCUUCUGGAUUGGCUACUACAGUCGCGAUGGUGACUGGUUGUACACAGACUACAUGUGCCGGCUGGCGGGGUCGUUGUUCUUCAUCAACACCUACUGCUCCAUCUUCUUCCUCGGAGCCAUCAGUGUCAACAGGUACUGGGCGGUCACCCGGCCUCUGGACGCAGCCUCCUCCGACCACAGGCGCCGUGGCAUCAUCGUGUGCAUCGUCAUCUGGGCAUUGACCAUAGGGGCGGCGAUUCCUCAAUUGAAGGAUCCAGGAACCUACACUGACGAGAACAACUUCACUCGCUGCUUUGAGGGAUAUCAAAAUGAGACUGAUAAACAGAAGAAAAAUGUGGCUGCCACUCAUUUUGCGAUAAUUGGAAUGUUCUGUGUCGUCUUUUUUCUUGUUGUGCUCUGCAAUUGCCUUAUCGCUCGUGCGUUACUGUAUCAAAAUCCUUCCCAGCCUGAAUUAAGAUCUGCAUCAACUAUGUCCAGAAAGUCCAAAAGGCCCAGGGGGGUGAAACGCAGGGCUCUCCAGAUGUUGCUGGCAGUGGUGGGAGUGUUCUCUCUGUGUUUCCUGCCCCACCAUAUCAUCCAAGGCCCCUGGACACUGGCGGUGUUGCAGAUCAACCAGGGCUGGGGCCACGUGAACUGGGACCAGGGCACUCUCCAGGCGCUCAACGACGCCCAUCAGAUCACCUUGGUCCUCAUGGGCCUCAACUGCAUCCUGGAUCCUGUCGUCUAUUUUUUCGCCACAAGGAAGUUCAGAAGGUUCAUCGUGUCUCACGUUAAAAGAAUCGGAAGGGGAGAAGGGUGCUCGCACACGGCCACCUCUCAGAUCUCUAUGGACAGCAAAAAUCCAAGCCAGAGACUUCAUGGUGAGAUCCAACAACCUGGCAUGGAUUGAUUCAGACAUUUGUAAUAGUUGUAUAAAAAUGUAGAUGUUUAUUAAACGGGCACAUGAGCCUGUCAGGAGGGUUUGUGCUUGGCAUGUCAAAGUGUCCUUGGUGUGUUGUGCUGGGAUGCAUCGUGGGUGCAAGACCACGCCUCUCUUGUUGCGACUCGUUAAAAAUUACACACCACACAGGAGUCUGUGAAUAUUCACAUAUGCUGUGAGAAUUUAUGUCUGAGUUGCACCAGUCAUCCUGCUCUUCCUGUGUGAAGUGGAAGCUGAAAAGCAGAAGUUUUGCAAGCAGAAGUGAUAAAACACAACUCAUGUACCAAAUGCACUUCAUCAGUUUGUUAAAUUAACUGAAGAGACACCAGACACAAAGUCAGCUAUUUAAAACAUAUGGUGCCUUAGCUCCUAUCUAGAUUACACACACACAACAUCUUAGUAAAAUAAAGAAGUAAUCAAAGAAAUCUCAUUUGACCGUUUUGUGACACUUGGUAGGAUCAGUUGUAAUCUGGAUAGUAAAAUGUGGAUCACGUCUGUUUUCACAAAUCCCUUCUCACAUGACGCCUUUCCAGCAUAGCAGGUUCGUGAUGAUGAAGGUGAUCGCUACGUGUGGAUAAGCACGCCUGGAAAAGUCCUAUCUGGCAUUGUGAAACCAGGGAACAGAGGUUAUAACGCUUGAGUUGUGCUUCCCCUCUGCCAUCCAAUAUUGUGAAAUCCCAUCUAUGUUUCGUGGUGAAAGAAAAGAGCCCAUGACUGACUGUGGGAAAGAAAGCUGUACAUAUCUGCUGUAACGCCAAAAAGGAUUUUCUGAUGCAUUUGAGCAGCUGUGGUUGUCUUGUGCUCUAUUCAAAAGGUGUGUGCAGUGUCCCGGAACAUCUUCCAAAAGUACGAUUUGUUUGUACUACCAUAAUCCUGUAAUAACAUUGUUAUGUGUGGAUUUCAUUUGCUGUGACUGUGAUGAUUAAUUUAAA